AUGGAUGAACUUUCGAUGUGUUGUGAUGGUGUGGCUCGUGGGAAUCCGGGUGUGGUUGGAGCUGGAGUGGUGGCGCGUGAUCAUGGAGCUAAUGUUGUUGGUUCAAUGAGUGUGGGAUUGGGAAUAACAACAAACUACCUUGUUGAGAUUCUUGGUAUUUUAUUUGGCUUGGAAUGGGCGCGGCAAUGGGGUUACCUGAAGAUAUGUAUUCGGUCAGAUUCGAUGAGUGUUGUUAAGGCCCUUUCUUCUUCUACUAUUCCGUGGUUUGUUAGACAACACUGGAGUGAAGUUUCUUAUAGUUAUGAGGCUAUUCGGUUCGAGCACACCUAUAAGGAGGCAAAUUUUGCGGCGGAUAAUAUGGCUAAACGUGGUUGUAUUCUUCCUAAUGAGGAGAUUAGACAUUAUAUCGGACGUCCAUAUUUCUUAACUUCCGUUGAAUUUCCCAAUAUAUCUUAUUUUCGUUUCAAAUGA